GGGCCCAACGGUUGGAUAGACCAAUAGCAAAUCGAUCAAGUGCUUCUCGUGACCCAGAAUUGGCUGAUUCUAUAUAAAUCCAUUUCCAAACACACCCUCAUUUCUCUCUUCUCAGGAAACUAAUAACCAGACCAGAGGAGGAUCUGAUCUCUCAGGAUUCGUGAGCUAGGGUUUCGUUAUGGCUUCGAAGCGGAUCCUGAAAGAACUCAAGGAUCUUCAGAAGGAUCCUCCUACCUCUUGCAGCGCAGGCCCCGUUGCUGAAGACAUGUUUCACUGGCAAGCAACGAUUAUGGGUCCUCCCGACAGUCCUUAUGCGGGUGGGGUGUUUCUAGUUACCAUCCAUUUCCCUCCAGAUUAUCCAUUUAAGCCACCAAAGGUUGCUUUCAGAACGAAGGUCUUUCACCCCAAUAUCAACAGCAAUGGGAGUAUUUGCCUUGAUAUAUUGAAGGAACAAUGGAGCCCUGCCCUUACUAUUUCCAAGGUGUUGCUGUCUAUCUGUUCUCUGUUAACGGACCCAAAUCCUGAUGACCCUCUAGUGCCAGAGAUCGCUCACAUGUACAAGACAGACAGGAGCAAGUACGAGACAACUGCCAGGAGCUGGACCCAGAAGUAUGCCAUGGGUUAGUGUGAUGCCAUGUGUGACGGGAGGGCUUCUUUAAUUGUGAUUUUGGUCUGUUAUCUAUAAAAUGUAUGAUUGAAGAAGUGUGAUAUCUGUCUUAAGAAAGACCAAAAGCGAAAUGUUUUGAAUCUGUAUGUUUGUAUGGAAAUUGUCUCCUAUUAUGAAGUAUGCUUCCAGAUAUUUGAAGGUCAACAACUACAAUCCCAGGCUGAUAGGCUCUGGUGGUUGUAACAUGAUAGUCAAUAAGCAAAAAAGUAAUAUCACAAUAAGAAAUAUCAACCUUUAUCUGGAAACCUUUGGCAUCUGUAAUAUGAUUGUACUGAAAUUCAUACAAAUAGGACCCCACGGUGGUUCUUUGUGAAGAGAAAGGCAAAUUGCUCUUUUAUUAUUA